AUGUUUUCAGCACCCACAACCUUCGGAGUAUUAUAAAUUCAACAAAUCCGUCCGACUCCGUCUGUCCGUAACGGAGUCGGAGUACUAUAAAUCGGCCUUUAGUCAACAAGCGAAAAUUGACUACUGUUUGCAAAAGUAUAUGUACUAAUAAUAUCAGCGUACAUCGUAUUGUACCUUAAAUCUCACAAUUGUGUUUUUUAUCACAAUGUUAAUUGUUGUUCCAGGUAGACAAAAAGCAACCUCAGAGCAGCAAAUACAUUACAUAAGACAUCGCAAUUCAUAAAAGUCCAUCAAUGUGAGAUAGAAACAGUAAGAUAAAUACAACAAAUGCAAGGCUACCAUUGGUGGUGACAUAUUUAUGUUGACUUUAGCCAAAGCUUGAAGUUGGUUUUAAACAGGCAUCCUGAGUUUCUAAGGUUUGUGGGUAUGAAAUUCCACUUCUGCUCUACUUUAACCGAGAAAGCAGAUUGACCAAAGGCUGUCUUGCUGAACAUGAUCACAAUACUAGGAAAUUGGACAUAAACAGUGCCAGAGAUAUCCUCAGCUCAUGUUACGAACUCUAGUUACAUCACUAUGAUUUCUUUAAGAAAGUACAUUUUCAAAGCCCUGUGAAGAGAGAGGGGUGUGGCUGGGUGUUAUAAGGCAUGGCAGGACAAGGCGGAGUCAGGACCGGCAGGGUUCAGGAAAGUAGCUGUAAGAUGAGCUGUCAGUACUGUACCUGCCUCUCCAUUGAUUAGUCUGUUUGGGAAAGCCCUAGUGUCUGCUGAGGUGCCUCAGAGGAGGAGCAGAUCAUCUCCGAGUCCCUACAUGCAGAGGUAUUAACUCUGUGAUAGCUUGGAUUAAGAAAAAGGGGCUUUGGCACCAAACAACCUGCUUUUCACCGUGAUCGCCACAAGUACGGACCACCAGCAACAUGAGAGCCAUCCAGUGCUACCUGCUUCUGGCCUCCCUCAUCCUCUUCACUACCUACAGUGAAGCUUUACAAUGCUACACCUGCAUGGGCUCUAAUGACGAGGACUGCAACCGCCAGGGCUCCAAAAUCUGUCCCAGCUACUCAGACGCAUGUGCCGUUGUCCGAGGCCACGGCAGUGGGGUGAUGAAGUCUUGUUCCUACAAGUCCUUCUGCAGCCAGGCCAACAGCCAAGGCUACAGGGCACCUGGAGUCAAGGUUCACUGCUGCUUCUCUGACGACUGCAACGUGACAGGCAAUGGCUCCAAACUGGGUGGAGGGGUCAGCUACCUGAUACUGCUGCUACCCUUGCUGCUGCACCUUCUCUCCAAUUAACCCUGCCACCAUCCUCCCAUCCAUACCCCUGCCCCCAGAACCAUGCCAACGACUCCUAUAUACGGUCCAAAUUUGGGAUUUUCCACUUCCCACCAUCCGUAAGGCAACAUGAUGUAGUCAAAAUAACAUUUGAGUGUUGUCCACUCCUCACUGUGAAAUGUAGGAACAACUGUGUUAUGCCUCGCCCCUUAAAAUUCCAUUUAACUCUCAAAUUAACCUUAUACAGCAGUAACUUGUUAGAGUAUGUUGAUUGCUGAGAACAAUGCACACACAUAGCACACGUAUACACGCAAACACACAUACUGUAUAUGCACACACAAACUACUGCAAUCUAAAGAUAUUGUUUUGUCACAGUUAGGUCCUCCAGUGACAGUCUUAAAUACCCAUGGUAAAAAAUCAGACUUGGGUUCCGUUAUGCUACGUACAGGAGUGUACUGUAGCACACCAGAUGUAGGCUGAUUAUGGACAGCUCCAGUGGUGGUUGGUCUGUUAGCCUUUUAACUGGGUUCUGACUGUAACUUAAUGUGUAGGGUAUUUGUGAAAUCUGGAAGUGAAGGAACUCACCUUGCGCUUUGUAAAGCUACCUAAGCCUUGUAGAUGCUGUGGGCAGGUGCUUGGCUAAUCCACUCAUCAGCCCCAAGCAGUUUAAAGAAUUAUCAGAAUGAUCUUUUAAAGAGUGCUCUCACUGUUACUCCUCACACAGUAUAUGAUUGUAGGGACAUUAAGAAAAGUAGAAAUAGAUAGAGAGAGA